AUGAUGCAUCAUGACGACCCCAAGGCCGCGGCCGCGGCCGGUGAAGCACUGGUGGUUGCGCUCCUGUCUAUCCCGGCACUUGUCCAUUUCUUCGCCAAGGCAAGGCUGUACAGGGCAAGAGGUUAUACGACCGUCUCGGGAUUUUACGAGGAUCAGGACGGAGAGGCCACCGAGGAGUCCACCCACGAGUAUUCGGACCUCGUGCCGCGUGUGGGUUCCUGGCUGAGCUCGGCCCUUGGACUGGCUUCCUCGAUCGUGGCAGGCGUCUUGUAUCAGCGCGUGGGCCCGUCAUCUGGGCUACUGGGUUUCACGAGCAGAUGGGCAGAUGUACUUGCCUGGGGCUUCCUACUCUUCCAAUCCAUCUCUCUCCCCAGGAGAGGUGAUUACAGAGCUAAAUUUCGCCUGGCCAACUUUGCUCUCGUCUGCUCAGUGUUGAUCCUCGCCUCCUUGGUCUACCGGAGCAAGUUCACUCAUGUUCUCAGGGCGCCUCCAGAUUCCCCGCGGCUCGCCCAGGGCAUAUGCUGGCUUCUACAGGCAAUCUCCGCUGCUGGCGCCUUUUUCGCCUUUGGUUCCUUCCCCCGCAGACCCGACGUGUACUUCAGAGGAACACUUGUUGACCAGCAACAUACCGUCUCCUUGCUGUCAAAGAUAUCGUUUUCUUGGAACAGCCUCGUCUUUGACAUCUCCAAACAGCGCCAGCUGGAGAUGGAAGAUCUUCCGAGGCUGGACCAUCUCACGCGUUCGAGAAAUCUACAUGACAUGUUCACCGCCCGGGAUGGCAGCGGGAGGCUGUGGUGGCGUCUUCUGAAGUUUCACUGGGUCGAGCUCGCACAGCAGUGGUGCCUGGUUUUUGUUUCUGCCGUCCUUGCUCUGAUCCCCAACUACAUGAUGUACAACCUCUUGGGCCGGCUGGAGCAACCCAGCACCCCUGAUUCGAGCAUUGCGGAGACUCUGGCCUGGGCGCUUGCUCUCUGCCUUAGCCUUUCCCUCGACAGCAUUGUCGGCAGCCUUCUCAGCUGGUGGACUACCAGCCGCCUAGUAAUCCCUCUGGGGGCCGUGUUACAAACCUUGGUGUUUGACAAAGCAAUGAAGGAGCACGAAACGGCUAUGCCACCCCCUCGGGCUCAGGAGCAGGAUGGGCAAAAGGCUGAUUCCAAGGACAACAACGACAGGGAUGGCAAGGGAGACACGGUCCCAAAGGCACAGGGAAAGGAAAAGAAGGACGAGGUCCGCCAAUCAGUGAUUAAUCACAUGAAACUCGACUCGGGCCGUGUCACCAUGUUUUGCAGCUUCAACUACUACCUGCCCCUGGCCGUCGUCAAGCUCGUCUUGGCGGGCGGCUUCCUCGUCACUCUCCUCGGCUGGAAAGCAGUCGUUGCUGGGCUCGGAUCCGCCGCGUUGGUGAUCCCCCUCAACACUUGGAUGUCGAAGAAGUACGCCAAGAUCCAGUUUGGCCUAAUGAGAUACCGGGACGGCAAGGCCCACCUCCUCACAGAGGCCCUGCAGGGGAUGCGGCAGAUCAAGUACUCCGCGCUCGAGCAACACUGGGAGGGCAAGAUCCUCAAGUCUCGUAAUGAGGAGUUGGCCCAGUACUGGAAGGCCUCGCUCUUCAUGUGCGGCGUCAUGCUCAUCAUGAACCUUGGGCCACUCCUUCUCGCGUGCGUGUCGCAGAGCGUGUACGCCUGGGAACAAGGCGGUCAUGUCAAAGCCUCUGUAAUCUUCGCCUCGCUGGGACUGUUCGAUCAGCUCGACGAAGCGACAGCACUGCUACCCAUCCUGCAAGUCUACAUGAUGGAGGCCUGGACCUCGUGCGUCAGGCUCGAGAAAUACUUCUCGCAGCCCGACAAAGCCCCUGUUGCGGUCCCGGCAGACACAAUCGUCUUCGAAAACGCGACUGUCGCCUGGCCGAAGAAGGAAGACCCUGAUGCCGCGCCCGAGCCGACUGCAGAGCGCUCUAUGCUUCGGGACGUGUCACUCAGGUUCCCCGAGGGCAACUUCAGCAUCGUGGCUGGCAAGACGGGAUCAGGCAAGUCCCUCCUCUUGGCUGCGAUACUUGGUGAGGUGAAACUGCUCUCUGGGACCGUGAAGACCCCGACACCGCCGCCUGAGGAGGAACUGGACCAAGCCAAGCCGAUCUCCCCAGAAGAAUGGCUUAUCCCAUCCCUGACCGCCUUUGUGUCGCAAACUCCCUGGAUUGAAUCUGGCACCGUGCGGGAGAACAUCAUCUUUGGUCUCCCCUUCGUCGAGUCGCGGUACCAGGAUGUCCUCCGCGCCUGCUCCUUGGAGAAGGACGUCGAGCUCCUUAUCGACGGGGAUGAGACAGAAGUGGGACCCAAGGGUGUGACGCUUAGCGGCGGCCAGAGGUGGCGUGUCGCUCUUGCUAGGGCCCUGUAUUCUCGUGCGGGUAUCCUGAUCUUGGACGAUGUCCUCUCUGCGGUGGAUGCUCAUGUCGGGCGGUGCAUAGUCGACCUCGCGCUGACCGGGGAGCUUGCAGAAGGGAGAACCCGGGUCCUGGCCACCCACCACGCGGAGUUGUGCUUGCCUAAAGCCAGCUAUCUCGUCCGGCUCCAGGACGGCCGCGUGGAAAGCGCCGAGACUAUCACACCUACCGACACUACUGUCGCUUCCUCACGCGGGUCGAAACGCUCUUCCGUUCACGACGUCAGCGAGACUCAAACCAUGAUUGACGCACAGGAGAGCCAGAUCUCUGAGGAGACGACGAUUGCUGGGACAGAACAACCCAAUGGCGACAAGAAGAAGUCGAGCAAGGAAGACGAGGAGAAGCGCGAGACCGGCCGCGUCAAAUGGAAGGUGUACAGGACCUACCUCGAAGCCAGCAAAGCUCCGGUGCUUUGGUUCUUUGUCUUCCUCUUUAUUGUCUCCGCCGGCCUGGCGAGUAUCGGUCGGGUAUGGAGCUUCAAAAAGCUCACUGAUGGGUCGUCCGCUGAAGGUGCAAGCAAUCUUUCGGCCACGUUCAACCACUACGACAGCUCGAGGAUGUUCCUGCAGAAGAGUAUGAUGUAUUCCGAUGUGGUACCACAUAGCAUACAAACAGUAUCUGUGGAGGGCCGCUCUAUCUGGUUCUGGAUCGGCAUGAGUGUGGUGUUCUAUGUGUUGAUGGUUGUUCUUCAGGUCGCUCGGAGCAUCACAAUGACGGCCAUUGGGCUUCGGACCUCUCGGGUCCUGUUCGAGAGGAUGACACACGCCAUCCUCCGGGCGCCGCUCCGCUGGGUUGACAGCGUGCCAGCUGGCAGGAUCCUGAACCGAUUCACGUCCGACGCCUUCAUGGUUGACAGGCGUCUUCCCGGCGAUCUGGCAAACUUCCUGCACAGCAGCUUCUCGCUCGUCGUCACAAUCGCGGCCAGUCUGUCUGUGUCCCUCUGGGUGAUUUUUGCAGGUCUUCUCCUCAUGUUUGUCUACGCUCGGGUUGCGAGCAAGUACAUCAACGUUGCUCGCGAAGUGAAGAGACUGAAUUCCAUCUCUCACUCUCCAAUCUACGACCAGUUUGGAUCCGUCCUGUCGGGUCUUUCAACCAUCCGUGCCUUCCACCGGACAAACUUUUACAUGGAUCGGAUGUUCAACCUCAUUGACAACUCCCACAAAGCAAGCUGGGCACUGAGCUUGUCGGGCCGGUGGAUGUCGUUUCGACUUUCCAUGCUCGGCACAGUCUUUGUCACCGUCGUCGCCAUUGUGGCAGUCUCUGGUCAUGUCGACGCGGCGCUUGCAGGUUUCGGUCUCACCUUCGCGCUGAGGUACUCGUGGAGACUGACCUCGCUCCUCUCAAGCAUGACAUCGCUGGAAUUAAGCUUCAACGCGGCCGAACGUGUCAUUGAGUAUUCUGAGAUCGAGACAGAGCCUGAGGAUGGGAGGGACGCCCCUGCCGCUUGGCCAGCCGAGGGCAGGAUAGAGGUUGAGAAGUUGUCCGUCGCCUACAAGGACACCCUCCCCCCUGUCUUGAAGAACCUCAACUUCGAGGUCAAGCCAGGUGAACGGAUUGGUAUUGUUGGGAGGACCGGAGCCGGGAAGUCGACCCUGGCGUCUGUCUUCUUCCGCCUGCUCAAGCCCCGGGAGGGCUCUGUCGUCAUAGACGGCAUCGAUAUCGCAGACCUGAAGCUGACGCAGCUACGCAGCCGGCUCGCUAUCAUCCCUCAGGACCCCUUCCUCUUUUCGGGGUCGCUGAGGUCCAAUCUUGACAUGGAUGACACCAAGGAAGACUAUGAGCUGCAGACGACGCUACAGAGCGUCCACCUCGCCAAGCCGCAGCCAGCCAGUACUGAGAGACCUUCUCAGUACCCCGUGGUGUCGUCCCACGCGGAGACUGUCGUCUCAACCACAGAGGCCAUCGCGGAGCCACCAACCCAUGAGACGCCAGCCUCUAGUGCCGUCGUCGAAGAUACCGACGCGGCGCCCACUGCUGCGUUGGUGACCACGACGGCGACGGAAUCCCCCGACAGCACCGACAUCUUCAACAACCUGUCCAUGGAGAUCAGCACCGGGGGAGGCAACCUGUCACAGGGCCAGCGUCAGCUUGUGUGCCUCGCGCGCGCACUGCUCGCGAGGCCCAAGAUUGUGGUCAUGGACGAAGCCACGUCCGCCGUCGACCGGGCCACAGAUGCGGCGAUCCAGUCUAGCCUGCGUGAUGCCUUCGCCGCGGCUGGCUGCACCGUCCUGGUGAUCGCGCACCGGUUGAGCACUGUUGCUGACUUUGACAAGAUCCUGGUCCUGGAGAACGGCCGGAUGGCAGAGAUGGGGUCCCCAAGAGAGCUGCUCGAGCAGGGGAUGAAGAGGGAUGAGCAGAAGAAGCCCGGCGAGGGCGACGAGGGCAGCGGGGCGGGCAAGCAAGAUGGUGAGGGCGAGGCCGGGGAAGAUGAAGUAGGCGAUGGCACGGGGGCAUUCUGGGACUUGGUCCAGAGCAGUGCUGAGAAGGAUAAGCUGGUCCAGAUGAUCCUGGGCAACAAGGGUUCUCAGUAG